AUGUCAGAACUUCGGUUCACGAAGGAUGGUGUUCCAAUCUUCGAUGGGUCUCCAGAGCAAUAUGUCAGUUAUAAGCGUGCAGCCCUCGUGUAUGCGGAGACGGUGGAGUGGAAAAAGAAGAUGCUGGCUGGUCCCAGGCUACAGGCAGCCUUGGAAGGCAGCGCCAGGAUGUCUGUAGAACACAUGCCUCCAGGAUGGGUGUCACAUGAGAAAGGUGCUAAGCAGCUGUUGGAGUACCUGAAGCUCCAGGUGCGGGCACCCACUCUGGCAGAGGCCAAGCGCACUCUCGCCGAGGCCAUUCAUGAGUAUGGGCCCUCUAGUGUGCCCGAACCACCGCGACAAGGUAGCCGGCGUGGAUCCCCAACGGCACAAGAGGACGCACAGCAAGCGGCUACUCCAGAAGAUGAAGGUGCACCCAGUGAGGAUGUCAACACUCCCGAGGCCGACGAGGAGUGGUAUGAUGAGUGGUGGCAGUCGUGGCCUUGGUACUCCUCUUCUUGGGAGUCCUCGUCUGGCUACAAUGAAAGUGGCAAUUCAUGGCAGCAGAAAGAGACUCUGAGUCAAAAGACGUGGGAUGUCUCAGAAGCUGCCUCGGCCCAGGCAGAGCGAUUCCUCCCCGACUUUGUGAUCGCGUGGUUGCUACUGCAGCGGUCAGGUCUGGACUCAACAGAACGAAGCGUGAUCGUGGCCAACCUGAAGAAUCAGUUUCGGACCGAUCGCGUGAAGGAGGCGCUCAAGUUGACCUGGCCAGACGAUGAGCUUCGACGACGUGACUCUCAGAAACAGACCGCCAUGUUCACAACUGAGGAGACAGCCAUGCUCGCCGAAGAUGAUGACACUCCAGAGGAGCCACCCGCCUCCUGGGAUGACCCUGCCGAUGACUACGCCUACCAAGCCUUGGAGUCUGAAGCACAAGAGGCCUAUGCUGCGAUUCAAGAUGGUCGCCGUACUCUUCGAGAAGCCCGAGAAAAGCAAGCCAUGAUGCGCCGAAACCGCAACUUCUACUCUGGAAAGGGUGGCGGCAAGGGCGGUUCCAUGAAGGGCGCAUUCUCUGGGGGCACCAAGCCACCUGUCAAGUGCUUCAGCUGUGGAGGCCCUCAUCUUCGACGUGACUGUCCACACCAAGGCGAGCCAAAGCCGAGUGACCAGGGAGCACAUUUGGUGUUCCAUGCGCUCGAGGUGACCAACACUCAAACAGCUGCAGAGCCAAAGUGGGAUGAAGCUUUUGUUCUGGCGGCACAAUCCGAGGAUGAGCAUAACCUCCUUGCCUUGGACCAGAUUAUCAAGGAGGGAAAGGCAAUCAUUGAUGGAGGGGAUGCCCUCCAACAGUUGGCAGCCCUGAACUGGGAGCGCGAAGGGGAUGAUGGUCUCCAGAUUGUGCCGGGGGAGACUCCUUCAUUCAGGUUCGGGAACAAUGGCCGCCAUGAUUGCCUCUCCACAGCACUGCUCAACCUGCGCCUGGGAGGUGACCUGAGUAAGAUGCGGAUUCAUCUCCAUGACAUUCCAGGUCAGCCAGUACUCCUGAGCGUUAAAGGUCUUCGAGCUCUUGGUGCUGUGAUUGAUUUUGAGAAGAAUGAAGCUGUCUUUAAGAAUGUCGAUGCCACCAGAGUCGCUACGCUUGAAACAACAGCAAGUGGGCACCAGCUUUUCCCUCUCGCUGGAGAUGCACUCAAGGACUCUUAUGUUCGCAAGACCCCUUUUCAAGGUCUCAAGUCCGAGGGCAUCAAGCCUACAACGGUGGCCGUGGAGUAG